AUGAGAGCAACCAGCAUGUUCAGAACCAAGGAGACCAAAAAAAACCGCGAGGAGAAAAAACCAAAACGAAAGAGGUACGACAAUUAUGCCCCAUUGAACUACCCCUUGUCUAGAAUCUUCCGAGAGAAAGCGUCGUCGGACCUAAGGGACAGACCACCCCUCAUGCUAACAAAAGGCGACAAGCUUGACUCAAAAAGAUUUUGCAAUUUCCACAACAGUCAUGGCCACAAUACCGACGAGUGCCUCAAUCUAAAGGACAAAGUAGAGGAGCUAGUCAGGGCGGGACGGCUUGCCAAAUACGUUGCGCUAUCUUCAGGGGAUCUUCCCCGGCCAAGGUCCCCCACACAGAGACGGAGCGUCUCCCCCACAAAGUACAGGGCACGGUCACCCGUCCGCCAUAAUUAUCAUGAUAACAGACAGAGGGCACCACCUCGUCGGGACGAUCGCAGGAGAAGUCCGGAGAGGAGGAUAAGGCCCGACAGAAGAAGGAGUCCAAAACACCAUGGCCAGAAUGAAGUGCGUAGGCACCACGGAAUGAAUCUCCUGGAGAUAGGAUCAAUAGCCGGCGGUUUUGCAGCAGGAGGUCCCACCUCCAACAGCCGGAAAAGGAGCACCAGAAUGAUUCUGCACUCGGAAGGGCGACCUAGACCAAAACCCCAGGAGACCCCCAAGAAGAAGCUUUUCGUCGGUUUCUCAGAGGACGACUACGGCCUCGACACAGGUGAAGAAGAUGACCCCAUCGUUAUUGAAGCUCUCAUUGGCAACAGGAAAAUCAAGAGAGUCCUGGUAGAUACAUGCAGCUCGACCGACAUCAUGUUCUACGAAGCAUAUAAAGGUCUGCACAUUUCGGUAAAAGAUUUAGUUCCCUAUGACCACGACCUAGUCGGUUUUACCGGAGACAGGGUUCUUCCACUUGGUUACUUCGACACCUGCCUCUCGCUGGGAGACCCUAACUACUACUGGACGAUUAGAGCUCGGUUCCUAGUGGUGGAAUGUCCGAUGACCUACAAUGCAAUCUUGGGAAUACCCAGCCUCAACAUAUACCGGUCGAUCAUUUCCACCCACCACCUGAUGCUGAAAUACCCUUGGGCCGGCAGAGUAAUCUCCGUCAGGGGAGACCUCGCAAUGGCGAGAGGAUGCUACAACUCCAGCUGCCGAUUAGCCAAAGAAGAAAGGAAGAGAAAGAAAGCAUGUCCAACUCGGGAAAGUGAGUCCCGCCGCUACCACCACGACAACUUCAUGACUGAUCUAGAUCCGAGAGUGGACCAAUCAAGAGAAGACCGACGAUUGUAG